GUGGGGCGGCAGUAGCGCGCGAUCCGUCGCGGCCGGCCGCCGUACGCCGCGCGCAACGAACGAACGACACGCACUCCCGCGCACGAAAACUUCAUCGCGAUCGCGAUUAACGAUACCAAUCCGCCCCACGACACCCGAACCCUUUCCAUUGUCUGCAAUUCGCAAUUUGUUUGCGAGGGCGGGUUAUAACGAAUAAAUCGACUAACAAACUCGAACCACGAAGGUGUCCGCGUCGCAAAAAGCGCAACACAAUAGAGUAAGCGUCUAAUUAUAACGUGGUUGAGUUAGAACGACGAGAUGCAGAAUAUCGACCCACUGGAGUUCGCCAAUAUUCUGGCCACAGAACUGUGGUGCCAGCAGUUGGCAAACCUCGAAGGCCUCCAAUCGGGGGUCCCAACACGCACGACGGCGACCAUCACUCCCACUCAGUUGCGAAACUUCGAGCAGACUUACAUCGAGUUGAACAACUGCCACAACGAUCAGGCAAGCCACGCUGGAUUCGUACCACCGUCAGUCACACAGCCCAAUUACGGCAUCCUGAACACAGUGGGCUACUGCGAUUCGGGCCCGACGCCUCUCCAUGUGUCGCCGGGCCCACUAUCAGCCAGUGGCGAUAGCAGCAGCAGCCCAGGGUUACCAACGCCCAAACGCCGCAAUAUGGGAGGCCGGCGGCCAACCAAAGCCCCGCAGGACAUCUCGCCAGAGGAGGAAGAGCGCAGAAAAGUUCGUCGUGAACGCAAUAAAAUGGCAGCCGCUCGCUGCCGAAAGCGAAGACUUGAUCACACAAACGAGCUCCAAGAGGAGACUGACAAGCUGGAAGAGAAGAAACAGGCGCUGCACGAUGAGAUCAGAAAACUCAACUCGAGCAGAGACCAGUUGCAAGCCAUACUUAACAACCACAUGCCCAUGUGCCGGCUAAAUAAGAGGUCAUCUAGUCCACCGGAUGUCAAACCCUUCCAAGAUCCGUAUAUGCUGCCGGAUAUACCAGAAGAUGGUGUCAGAGUCAAGGUGGAAGUCAUGGACCCGGCAAUCGAUCCCGUCCCCAUACUUGCUUUAGAUAAUGAUAUCUUUACGCCGACACCGAACAAAAGGAUAAUGUUGUCGGCGGCAAACCUAGCUGUGGUGACGAGUGCUACGUCUGUGACGUCACUCGACACCCCGCCCAUCAUGAACAGACCCAAUAGACCUAACUUCCUCCAAGUGCCUCUUAGUGUUACACCUGCACAGAUACACAACAAUAAAGCAUUAGGCAACAACAAAAUCCCUGGCAUCGAAAUCAGUACACCCAGCAAUGGGAUUCCCUUCAACUUCGAAAGCCUCAUGGAAGGUGGAACCGGUCUCACACCGGUACAUCCUCAGCCUCAUCCUUGUUCGCAGCAACAAAGAUCAGCCCCGGAUCUUGCUUCACCUGACGCCCAUAAUAGCCUCGUCAGUCUCUGAAGAAAUGUUCAGUAGGUACAGAAAUAGUACCUUAUUUCAUAUUUUCAAACUACCCUCAAUUAUAAAGUCAGAUUUUCAUUUUGGUGGAAAAUGUCUUCAAGGAUUUUUUUUACUGUUUAAAGCGUAUGAGUUAUAAGUGUAAUCGAUGAAAGAAAAUAUUUUUAUACAUUUACCAGUCUAAACAACUAGAAAUCGUUUUUAUUAUUGGCGUCUGAAACUUUUUACCCGCACAAAUAUAAAAUACGAAAUUGUAUGAUCUGUUCGUGUAAUUUUCAUUUCUUUUUUUUCCACAUAAUUCUUGUUAAACGAAAUUUGUGAUUCCGUGCCUUUGUUGCGGGUCACGUGAGACGUGUCCGCACGGAACUUAGUUCGUAUUUAUUCCCUCUAUAUCUAUCUCUGUCUGUUGAACCUCCGUUGAUCGGCUAUCUCUUUCCCUCUAUUCGGGGGUUCGUACUUGCUCACUUUUCGCUUUGUAUUUAUAUAGUGUAAGGCGAUGCCUACGAGAGUCAAUUCAUUAGCUGUACGCUGAGAAUAUUUUUAUAUGAUACAAAUGUAUAUCUGGUAAUAAUAAUUGUGAGAAUAAAACAGAGUUUUAUUUUAACGAGUUGUGCUUGAACUAGCGAGGCUAGAGUGAAAACCCUCUUGCAGGCACAAUAUGAUCUUGUCAUAAUAAACUUCGUGCCAUUUAUGUCUACCCUCAGUAACAGAAUAAUAGACUAACAGCAAUAUUACUUAAUAUAAAUGUAACUUAGCUCAAUGUUGAUGUAAUUUCUUACCGUUCCAUUGGAUUAGGUAGAUUAAUUAAGGUAUUUUUGUGAUACGUCCAGUGACUCUUUGGGAGUAUAUUUGCGCCCGGUGGUUGAAAUUUUGAAAUUCUUGAAUUCUGAAGGCUUUUACGGGCGCGAAUAUUAUACUGAAUACUUUAAGGCAAUAACUAGGUUAAGAGCACUUAUACGCAUAACUUAGACCAAAUUGAUUUAUGUGCUUUAUAGUAUAAUUAAAAUAAGCCAAAUAUUGAUUUAUUUAGGUUAAGUUAACCUCCAUUUCCGAAAAGUAUUAAUAUUGGUUAGUCCACGGAGUAUUUAUUUGUAUUUAAUGCGGACGGUGCGAUUUGCCUUUAUAUAGUGAAUUUUAGAGAUUUACGCAUAAUAAUAGAUUUUAUGAGAUGUAAUUUUUUUAAAUGGUUUUGUAACGCCUUUCUAGAAUACUUUUGUAUUUUUGCAAUUAAAGCAAAGCAAUAUAUUUGAUAAAAUUAUACCGCCAUGUAGUUAUUUGUAUCAGAGCAGAAAUAUAGAUUUCUUUACGUACACCCGA